ACCGACUUCGUGAAGUCCAAUAGAUAGUCAGCAAAAUCCAAUCUAUUCCCCGGACUGCAGCUCCAGAGAUCUCUUAACCUUACCCCAGAAUCGGUUAUCCUCCGGACACAAACCUAUUCAGCCAUAGAUGCCACUUUUGGAGAAUCAAGAAAGGGUUUGAAAAUUUCAACCGUGCUUUGAUUAUUCAUUCCACUUGAAGAGAAUCAAGAUAUUGUGUGUUGUUUCUUUGGAAUGAUUUCUCGGGGUUUCGAAUUUGCAAAAUGGAGCUCAGGAAUUGUUCUUGAUAUGGGUUUGCUUUAAAAUCAGCAAGAAUUUCAAUUUGGUUUGAUUGUUUAUCAAAUAAAAGUGUGAACUUGAAAAGAUUUGGGACAAAAAGACAAUGGCAAUGCCAUGGAAUAUGACAAUUUGGAUGGCAAAGAUGAUAUGGCUGGCACUGAGUAAUUGGGUGGUUUCUUGUGUAAGUGUUGCUGAUGAAAUUGCUAAUUCUCUGAGAACUGGGGAAAUUAGCCCUUUCCAUGUUGGUUGAUCCAAGAAAUGGCUAUGAAUUUAGCUUAUUUUCUGGUUUGAUCUUUUCAACUAACAAUUUUUAUUUUUUAUUUUUUAUUUUUUUAUUGGGAAUGUAGUUAAUGUUGAUAGGCUUAGUUGACUUGUAUCAACGUGAAUAGUAAUUUGAGUGUUUGCUGAUGUAAAUUUUGAAUCUUUGAAUGAGAAAUGGAAGGUUACAUGAUCUAUAUUUAUGGAGAGUA